GGGAGUCGGGGGUUGGAGGCUCUGAGGGGAGGAGCGGCCGCUCCGUUCCGCGCCGCCAGGCAGGCGAAGGAGGGCUAGGAGAGGAGGGAAGAGCGCCGGGACCGCGCACAGGCGCCGCCGCCUCCAGUGGUGGGGAUGUGGUGCGAGGGCCCCGGCCCUCCCGUCGGCCUGAACAGCUAAACGAGCCAAGGCGGAGGAAACGGGACGUGGGAAGAUGGCGCCGCCCGCGACGGCGCCCAGUUCUUCCUCUUCCACAAGGGGCUCGGGGAUCCGGAGCAGCUCUCGGCGGGCAGGUGUGAGGCAACGCUGCCAGUGGCUGCUUUAUUGGGUGCCGGUUCUGUUCAUCUGCAGCAUCCUCUGCUGGUCCUAUUACGCCUAUGUUGUCCAACUCUGUCUGCUAACCAUGACAAAUGUUGGAGAAAAAGUGAUGUGCCUGAUUGCCUAUCAUCUCUUUUUUACAAUGCUUGUGUGGUCUUAUUGGAAAACAAUCUUUACGUUACCAAUGCAUCCUUCCAAAGAAUUCUACCUGACCUAUGCAGACAAAGAAUUGUUGGAAAGAGAACCUAGAGGUGAAACUCCUCAAGAAGUGUUGAAGAGAGCAGCCAAGGACCUCCCUGUCUAUACAAGAACAAUGUCUGGAGCUAUCAGAUACUGUGACCGAUGCCAACUUGUAAAACCAGAUCGUUGCCAUCACUGCUCUGCCUGUGACGAAUGUAUUUUGAAAAUGGACCAUCAUUGCCCUUGGGUGAACAACUGUGUUGGAUUCUCCAAUUACAAGUUUUUCCUCCUUUUCUUGGCAUAUUCUCUGUUAUACUGCCUUUUCAUUGCUGCAAGUGAUUUACAGUAUUUUAUUAAAUUCUGGACGAAUGGCCUUUCAGAUACUCAAGCCAAGUUCCAUAUCAUGUUUUUAUUCUUUGCUGCAGCCAUGUUCUCUAUCAGCUUAUCCUCUCUUUUUGGAUAUCACUGUUGGCUGGUCAGCAAAAAUAAAUCAACACUAGAGGCAUUCAGAGCACCCAUUUUCCGACAUGGAACAGAUAAGAAUGGAUUUAGCUUGGGCUUCAGCAAAAAUAUAAGACAAGUCUUUGGAGAUGAGAAAAAACACUGGUUCUUGCCCAUUUUUUCUAGUCAAGGGGAUGGCUGUUCCUUUCCUACUUGCCUUGUUACCCAAGAUCUUGAACAAGCUUCCACUCCUUCUGGACUCAUUUCAGCAAACAAAAAUGAGAGUCACCAUUUUCCAGCAAAGCCAUUACGAGACUCCCAAAGCCACCUUCUUACUGACGCUCAUUCUUGGACGGAAACUAAUGCAAGCAUUGAGAAGAACAAACUAGGUAUGAGCAAUCCUGCACUAACUAUGGAAAAUGAAACCUAGCAAAUUCAAGUUAAAAAGUAUCCUGGAUGUUCAAGCUUGGAACUGUUGCUGAGAGGAAGAAGGAUUCUUCCACAACAUCAGCAUCCAUCAACCAGCUGUUCCAGUCCACUGCUGUGUGGAUGGGUUUAGAAGAUAUUUCAAGACCUAAUUUAUCUGUCUUCAUAUCAUUGCUUGAAAUACAAGACCUGUUGUCACCUCUUGAUGUGUAUAGAAGAAUGUUUUGGUUAACACAAAGUAUUGUUAAAAUUCAAAAGGCAAGUCUUGAACAUUAUAGAUGGAAAACAGGAAGUCUUUCAUUAAGACAUAAAAGAGAACACUUAACCCUUUGCAAUGUAAGGGUGUUUUAUGCAUUUGCAUUGGUACUUCAGGUAUUGAUAACCUGUCUGUGCUCAUGCAGCAAUUCUUCAUUCUUUAAAUCUUGCCUCUGGUUUCCAGGUGCACACCUAUCCUUAAAGCUGGGAAUAUGUAAACAGUUUUGAUCUAUUGAUCAAUUAGACGUGAUCAAACUGUAUUUUGAUUUCUGCCUUUCAGCAGAGUUAGUGAUACAGUGUUAAACUGAUCUCUAAUAAUUGAAAGACAACCGUACCUACGUUACCCCUUUUCUCCUUCAUGCAGAUUGUCUACAUAAUUAAUUCACACUGGAGAAGCAAAAUCAUACAAACCUAAUUAUGUGUAUCUAAGGGCACACAGUUUAAAAUGUCAGAGAAUAAUCUUUUGAAACUAAACUUACUAUUUGGUACCCAAUUAUAUGGGAAAUAUCUGAUACUAAUAUUUCUUAAGAACUGUUGAUAUGAUAAUCUUAUCUUAGGUUUGUUCCUUUUAAGAGACUGAUUUAAUAACAGUAUUGUCAAAGUUUGACGUACUAUCCUUGAAUUGCAGCAUUCCUCAUUACCCUGAUGAUGUAUAUUCGAGGAGAUGGGUGUUAUUAUGUAAUAUAUACUGUGGUUCUGAUCACACUGAUGAAGCCAAGAGGGCCUUGCAGAAGAACAUUUUAAAUUAAACUAGCCCAUUGUGCAGGCCUUCAGGAUAGGUUUUGUCGAAUCAGUUCUGCUUUAAGAUUUUUUUUUCAGAGAGUUUUGAAGCCAACAAAAUUGCAUUGUUACAAACAUAUCAGUGCCUUUGCAUGCACCAUUCGGCAGAUGAAGUGUCAGAUUUAAUGUAACACAGUUGGUUUAAAUAAAGUACAGGGUGGUCAUAUUUAAUUCCAAAAUAGUUCAUACUCUUGAUUUCAUUUUUAGCCAAGAAACUGAGGUGAUGAAAUCAUACAGUUCAUUCUCAGGCAACCAUUGAAAAUUAAAAAUCGUAGCUUUCAAAGUCGAUUUGGCAAUCAUUUUUUUUCAUAAGUAAAGUAUAAAGUAUAUGACAUUGUGCAUAAAAUACAAACAUCUUCAGAAGCAUGAAGAAGUUUUAGAAUGUCAUGCCUGAGAUGAUUAGUGCUUUUCUACUAUUUCAGAAAACCAUUAUUUUUUUAUUUACACUUCCUGCAACACAAAAUAGAUACAACUUUGAUCAUUACUUCAAAAUGAUUCUCUUUGGGAUGGCUGUAAAAUCCAUUUAGAGAUAGCAUGACGUCUCUGUAGUAUUAUUGCAGCUAUACAAUAGUGGAUUUGGAGGGUCUUAUUUCCAGCAUUUUAAUUCAUACUAAGACUGUUUGCAGGCUCAAUCACCAAAAGUGCCAGAACAUGACUCCUUGGAGUAGGAUAUUUGAGAACCUUGUGUGCAGUAGCACAUAGUUUUACACAAUAUAUGUAGCCAUUUUGCAGCUGCUAGUUGCCAUAGCAUAGUUGUAUUUUCUUUAAUGUUACUAUUAAUUUGCUUCUCUUUUUCAAGCUUGGAAUCAAUCAGAAAAAAUAGGAAUAGAAUGGACAAAAGACUUACUUUCAGUGCUCAGUCAUCAUGCACCUAUUGUGUUGUGUGUGCUAGUUGCAGGGCUGCCUUUAAUAUUUACCUGUGCUCAUUAAAAUAUGUGUAAAAAUGAAGUGAAAAUACUCAAAGCUGGAAUUCAGUUUUCAUAUGAUACAUUUAUUACAAGUAAAAUAUGCCUGAAAUAUAAUUUUUUAGCAAAAUGCAGAGAACAUUUAAAAUGACUGUCUUCCCUGCUUUGUAGAAAAGGCUGAUGUGUACAUUCUGUCUGAUUGUAUUUUUUUUCUUUUGGGGGGAAGGGAGGUUUCAUGCAGAAUAAUGCUGCAUUAGGGUUUUUUCCAGCUGUCCACUUGUUAGAAGGCAGAAAGUGAAGACUGGGAGGAUGAAUGGCUCUUGUACCUCAAAGCUGAACGUAUUAUCUCUGAAGCAAAUUGUAUUGAUUUUAGUGAGCAGUGGAACCUUCCACUGAAAGCAUGAGGAAGCAGGGCCAGGGGACAGCACUAACCCUAAACAAAGGACAAGGUGGAGACUGUUUUGGGGUAGAAACAGGAUUCUUGACAACUUGUAUAAUUUAUCAUUUGGGAAGACAAAUUUCCUAUGGUGCAAAAUUGGGGCAGGGGAGACUAUGGUUUCUAUUGGAAGGGAAUUUUCUCUUAUUACAGCUCCACAUUUACCCCUUAGGGUGUUCCUAAGGGUCCCUGUCCCCCAAGAGCAAUAUUGGAAGGCGAGGGGGGAGAGAGAUGCCUUCUAAGAGCAGAAACCAAACUCUGGACCCACCUCUUGCUCAGUUCAUUCUAGAACAGCCCCAUAAUACACUUCAGAUAUUCUGUUUGUUUAUUCUCUCACAAAUACACAUUCAUAGUUCACUGUGUACACGUUAACGGUACAUAUCCAGAACCGUUAUAGGAAGUGUCAGUUGGCUGACCUGCUGUAGAAUAACUUCAGCAUCACUAUAGCUUUCGUUCGGUGUUCUUUUGUAUGAGAUGUUCUGACUUUUUACAGAAAAUGUUUUUGAUGUAAAGAUUGGGAUUUCUUGAAUGGUAUUUUCAAUGCUAUCUGCACAGUACUUUAAUAUGAAAAAGUGAGAAAGAAAACUGCCAGUCUUUCUGGUUACCUUUACAAUUUUAGAACAAUUUUGACUAACUUUUAUUUAUUUUGGUUUUUGCACAGCAAAGAAGUGAGCUGAUAAGCUAGUGGAAUAGCCAAAAUUAAGAAACUAGUAAUUUUUUAGAUUAAGAUUUCAGCUGACCAGUAAUAUAGUAAGGUGACCUUGCCCCAUAUAGCAGAAGUUGUCACUAUAAAUAGAUUGUCAAACUACUGCACAUGGGAUCAGGUAUCAUGCACAUGCAUACUUCCCUGUAAUUAGACAAAUUUAAUACAGUCUUACAGAACUAGAUAAAAUGCUGUAUCUAUAUCUUUAAGAAAAUAUCAUGGCAGCUAUGUUACAGUUUGAUAUGACCCCUUGUAUAUAACAACACUGUCCUAGUAUAUUAUGCACUUGGGUGAAUAUUCUCGAACUGUGGGGCAGCCAGGCACAUCCCACGCUAGGGUGCUGCUUGUGGCAAUCAUCAUCCCAAUCCUUGGAAUACUUUUACCUGGCCAUUCUCCCCCCCCCCCACACACACACAAAAUGAUAAUUACAACAGGCAGUUGUACUACAUGCAUAUUUCUGAUAUCCACAAUUCAACUGGGGGGCUGAACUGGAUGGGUAGGUAGCUCAAACUGGUACGAACCCAACUGGUAGUACCCAGUUAUCACAAGUUUCCUUAAACCAAACUUUCCUGAUUGAUGGCAAAGGGAUUGAUGGGAAAUGAAAGUACAUUUGUACUUUCCAGACUUGUGAAAUAUUUGCAUGUAUCAAACUCACAGCAUAAGUUGGUGCUCCUAGCUAUUAUCUCUCUGAGUACAUGGAAGUUAUUACUGAUUAAUAACCAUGAUCUGCCAUACUUGUUAAUGGUUAUUCAAAUAAGUGGUCUUCAAGGCCAGGUGGGUAUGCUUAUGUAAAAUAGACAUUUAAGAACUGGUUCAGACCAUCAGUGGUUCCGUAGAUAUUCAGUCAGCAUUAUAUACACUUCCAGGCAAGUUUUCAGACAUAGUGUAUGAGAGUGUGUGCAGGAACUGUGCAAUUUAACAGCCUCACCCCUUCGUAGGGUAGUUGUCAGAGCUUGACAGGUGUUUUAAAAAUACUUGAAUGAUUUUAGAAACAUAUUGCUGGGUAGAACUGAAGUAAUAAAAUUAUAAAUCUCAUUUUUCAGUUUUGUUUAAAAGGAGCAGCUUUAUCUUCCAUAAUUAUUACAUACUGGGCAGUAAAAACGAAAUGCAUUGUAGCAUUAUCAGAAUUACUUAGGAGAGUUUGUGUGGUGCAUCUGUAAAGGUCCUUCAGUUCCAGUUUAUUUUUUUCAAAUGUGCUUGUGAUGAUGGAGUACUGCAUUUUACCAAGCUGUGUUAACUUUUUUUCAUAAGCAGAUAGAAUACUGCCCCGGUAGACUAUUGAGAGCUCUCUAUGUUUAAUCAGAUUUUUUUAACAGGGAAAGGAGUGCUUUCAUAAGCAGAAUGAUUCCUACCUUAAUCUUUUAGAUUUCUACCUAAGCAUCCAACAGAAUUGAAGAAACAAAUUAAACAUAGCAUUUCCAGUCACCCGGUGGCAAAUCUGAAAUAUUUUCAAUCACUACAAAAUAUGCACAGAAAAUAGGCACAACAGUAUUAUUCUUCAGAAAUCUCAUAGCCAGGAACGAAUGUAUAUAGGACCAACCAAAAUGGACACAAAAUACUGUACAAGCUUUAAGACCUUUGGUCCAGAAACAGUACUGCUUUAAUACAGCACUUACAACAGCUUUUGAGAUCAAAAUCUCUGUACAGCCUUGGCUGUAAAUUACUUCUUUCAUAGAAGAAAACCAUGACCUUGAAAUAAUAUAAUGGCAAGCUGAACUAAUUAGGAAGUAAGUUGUGGAACUGGCCUGGCCCUCCCCUUCUCAGUCCCAGACCACUAUUUUGGAAGGUAGGUAACUGCUUGGCUAAUUAAUGCACCAGAAACUAAUUACAAACCACAGUAGUAAAACAUGACCUGCCACUGAGGACUAUACAAAAUAUAUAACACCAUUCUGCAUUAGCAAGGCAAAGUAUUGGAAGGAAUCAAAGUUCUUAAUUAUGUAAUAGGCUCAACCUAGGAUCCUCUUACAUUCCAGCAACAGACUUUAAGUCUGAUGCCAAAUCCAGUACAGAGGAAAACAGCGAGAGAAAGCAAAACAAAAAGGUUGCAUUUUGCUCUCCACUGGUUAAAUCCAGUUAUUUAAGUAGUUACUUUUUGGGUGUUACAUGGCUUUAGACAAAAGCAAGGUGCAUGCAUAACGAAAGCAAUUAUAGAGUGACUGUUGGAAACUAGCCUUUCGGCAUACUCAGGGUGCUACGAGUGGACAAUUUCAUUUCACCUGCAGUGACUCAUUCUCAGACAUUAAUGACAGAUUACUCACGGCUUUGUAUCCCUCUCCUCGUUUCUUCAAUACUUCUGGUGAGUCUUUUGAAGUGGAAUGAGGUCAGCCUCAAAAUGUUCUGCUCUGGAAGUGCUUUGAACUUCUCAUCCUCCUGUAUUAAAGAGGCGGGUGGGAACCCUGGAAACCAUUCCCAAUGCUUGCCUGAAUAUGCAUUGCUAAGAAGCAACACUACAUAGCUGUAGAUCUUGCACAGAGAGUGGAAACAAAUGUUUUGCUUCGCUUCUGUUUGUAUUCUGUAAAGCAGUAUUAUGUAUUUUUGUAUCACAUUAACUUGCUGCUGGAAAAAAAAUUAAAAACCUUUAAGAUAAAA